CCUAUACAAAUGUGACAUCUGUCAUUACCAAUCACUCAAAAAUUCUAGUAACCAAAAAUGAAUACUCACAAUUUCAUAAAAAAUCAUAUCCUCAAACAAUACACACAGAAAAAUCUAUCAUCUUCCAAAGAGUCCUUCCAAAAAUCAGUUCAAGUAUGCAUCCUGGGAGGUCACACCUUUCUUGGGAAGAUGACGAGCUUGGUGAUGAAGCAGAAUCCCAUUAUUUCAUGUUUACGAAUACAAGGUGACAGGAUAGUCUCCAACAUUGCUGCGGAUUUGAAUCAUAUUGAUACAAAGUGCACUGUUCAAUCGUUUGAAGGUACUUCAGAACUUCCCAAAGCAAUUAGGUCUGCAGACAUAGUACUGUUGCUAGGGGUUGGAAAUGUGAAAGAAGAUACGUGUUUGCCAGACAGAGUAAUGGCAGAAGGAAGAAGAGUCUACGAUUUAGCCAAAGAAUGUUCUAUAACUGCUCCGAGGUCGAUCAUUGUUGUGGCCGUACCACCAGUUUCCGUUACAACCCCUUUGGUGGCGAGUGUUUUCAAAAAAACCCAUUGGUAUCACCCCGGUAGAAUUCUCGGUUCGGCAGCAAUAGCACAGAUCAAAGCCAAUACGUUAGUGGGUCGCUAUCAAGACUUGAAUCCUUUCAUUUGUAAAGUGCCAAUCAUAGGAGGACCAGAUAUUGACCUUGCGGUACCCCUGUUCAGCAGAGCUAAACCCGUAGAAUUGACUGACAAAGCAGCCCAUAUUCUGAUGGCCAAAUUCAGAGGGGUUGAAAUUGACGAAUUCCCCAAAAAGACGGGCAGACACAAUUUUGUAGAGAACUGUCCACAUGUCGAGGCCUAUGCGUUGAAUAAUAUGAUAACAGCCAUAGCCUUAGGUAUUUGUGGAGAUAAAGAAGCCUUUUAUAAUGCACUCAUAAGAACGAACUCUGUAGAAACUUGCCAACACCUAGUGACGACGCUCCAAUUUUCUCGAGGAGGAGUUGUUCAUAAUCAUGGCGUCCCGCAACUGACAAAACUCGAAUUGAGAGUGUUCGAGAAAGCUUUGUUGGAGAUGAAAGAGCGGGAACAAAUAGCUGCUGAAAUGCUAGACUACAUCGAAGGGAAAUGUGACGUGCCUCCUUUCAAAAUAAAGGACUUGAACAUAAAGAAAACCUUGCAGCAAACUGUCAUUCGUUGUUGAUGAGAAAAGUGUUGAUUGAAAUAAUAAAAGGGCGUUCGUCUUUUA